UGCCAUGUUAAUGUCUCUGAUCACGUGCAGAAUAGCAAGUAGCGUUGGAUCUGGAUCGUUACCAACAGUGAGUCGAAGCAAGCUCAACGACGUAGAGAUGUAGAUCUUAUUCUCAGAUCUGCUCUCUCUGUCUCUCCGAUCUGCUAUUAUGGGGACUUUGGGUGAUUACAAAGUUGUCUUUGAUGCUGUUUACAUGCCUAGAAAAGCCACCCUGUUAAAAGAAGCUGAGGCUGCUGGAGCCAUCAUUGUCAGUGGAGUUGAAAUGUUCCUCCGUCAAGCCAUUGAACGGUUCAAUCUCUUCACUGGUGGGAAAGGUAAUCUUCGGAUUCAACAGAGUUCUAGAAGGGAGUUGUUGUGUUCUUGCUGCUAUAGAUUCUGCUCUUGCAUGUUUCCAUUACAUAACUUUGAAGUGUUGGUUAUAGAUAAUUUCUAA